AUGAGGGGCUUGGCUUUCCCUUCGAACGCAGCAGUUGAUCGGGAGCCCUCGUAUGAGACCGGCACCCCAAUCAGCAUUGUCGACGACAUACCCAUCGACCCAGCACUCGGCGGCGCCGCCAUCGACCCCGCAUUGAUGAUGGAAGACGAGGGUCCAAAUGUUGCACAGCAGCCUCCCCCCGAAAAUCAACAUCUUCAGCCUCCGCAGCCCCCACAAGACGAUUAUCAAGCGCGACAAUACUCAGAAGGGCCCCAGGGCGAUCCAUUCGCACCCCAAAUCCCGGUUCCCUACUUCCCCAUGGAACAGGAGCAGCCUCCACCCCCACCGAAGCCGAAGCGGAAACGCAAAAUAGUUCGUGAGGAGGAGUGCAGCUUUUGUGGCGGGAAAGAUACGAAUAACAAGCAUAAUGAGCCUGAGGCGCUAAUCACCUGCCAUGAGUGCGGCCGAAGCGGACACCCUAGUUGUAUGCAACUUGAGCGGCUAUCCGACGUGGUUCGUACCUAUCCUUGGAAGUGCAUCGAGUGCAAGAACUGCGAAGUUUGUCAAGAAAAGGGCGACGAUGACCGUAUCCUGUUCUGCGACUGGUGUGAUCGAGGCUGGCAUAUGGACUGCAUGGAUCCACCGCUCCUAACAGCGCCAGAGGGAGAGUGGCAUUGCCCCGAAUGUCCGCCUGUCGUACCAACAGACCAGCUACCACCGCCGCCUGAACAGUACGCCGUGCUAAUGCCCGAAGAACCCCACGUCCAGUCGCCCAUACCGUCCAUGAGAGAGACGUCCGUUGCGUCGACUUCACGGUCAGCCAUCGUCCCCGAUCCGCCUGUGACGGCGCCGAAGAGCAGGUCAAGGAAGAAGGCGCCCGCGAAGCCGAGGGUACGGGCACCGACGAGGGCAGCAGCAGCAGCGGACGAUGGGGAGGCGUCGGACAUCGACAACUCUGUCGCGGUCGACGAGACGCCUACAGUCGCACUGCGGGCACGCGGGCGGACUUCAAGGGGCGGAGCUGCUGCUGCGUCUACGUCGACGGCGAAGGGCAAGGCGCGUGCGCCGUCGACGAGCUCGGAGGACGAGCCGGCGCCUGCACGGCCGCUCAAGCGGAGACGUGCCCCGGCGCGCCAGCCGAGCCCUACCCCUGCUGCCCCGCUGCCCCGCGUCCGCCUGCGCAUACCGGCACAAAGGGGCAAGGGCAAGGAGCGCGAGGAGGAUGAGCACGGGAUGUUCGAUGAUAUAUUGGCCCCUGAGGAACGCGACACGACCAAGACGAAGGUCUUAAAUAUAGACAAGGUGUACUUCGAGCGGAGCCGGCUUGCUGCUGAGGACAAACUCGCCCCACCACCACCUCCACCAACCGCCUCCUCCUCCCGCACACCCGCCCCGGAUGAGCCCCUCUCCGCGCGCUCACGUCCCCUCCGCUCAUCCACCCUCCACACACCCCUCAAGCGGCCCGACCUCGACCUCUCCUCCUUCUCCCUGCACUCGAACUCCCCUGCACCUUCAACCCCCGGCGGCGCGCCCCAAUACCCCAAAUUCGACCCGGGGACCUUACGUAUUCGUUCGAUCCGGUUCGGCCCCUGGGAGAUCAAGACGUGGUACGACGCGCCGUUCCCUGAGGAGUACGCGACGAUACCGGAUGGCCGCCUGUGGAUAUGCGAGUUCUGCUUGAAGUAUAUGAAGAGCCGGUUUGGGGCGGUCAGGCAUCAGAUGAAGUGCAAGACGAGACAUCCGCCUGGGGAUGAGAUCUAUCGAGAUGGGAACGUAUCUAUAUUCGAAGUCGACGGGCGGCGGAACAAGAUCUACUGCCAAAACCUCUGCCUCCUCUCCAAGAUGUUCCUCGACCACAAGUCGCUCUUCUACGACGUCGAGCCGUUCCUCUUCUACGUCAUCACACAGGUCGACGAGUUCGGCGCGCGCUUCGUGGGGUACUUUAGCAAGGAGAAGCGCUGUCCCAAGGACUAUAACUUGAGCUGUAUCAUGACCCUCCCUGUUAGGCAGAGACAGGGGUGGGGGAAUUUUGUUAUUGAUUUUAGUUAUCUCUUGUCGAAAGUGGAACAGAGGCUUGGGUCUCCGGAGAAGCCGCUCUCGAGUCUUGGUGCGCUGGGGUAUAAGAACUAUUGGACGCUGGCGGUUAUGCGAUUUCUUGCGACGGCGCCCGAUAACGUCAAGUUGGAAGAAAUCAGCUCCGCGACCUCCAUGACCCACGAAGACGUCUGCAACACGCUCAUCCAGCAAAACAUGAUCUUCAUCCGCGAGCCCACGCCGCCUCCCAUCAAGCCCUCGCCCGGGCAGGCCAUCAAGUAUCCCAAAGGGCGCAAGAACGGCAUCGCCCGCCGACAGCUCCAGCGCCUCCAAUCCCAACAGCACCUCCAGGACAAGGACGGCUCCGGCGACAGUAAGGGACGCCCCUUCGCGCUACCGAAGCACUACGAGAUCCAUUUCGACCGCGCAAAGGUGCAAGAGUACCUGAGCAAUUGGGAGAAGAAGGGGUACAUGAGGCUGAAGCCGGAGAAGCUGCAGUGGACGCCUUAUAUUGUGAGCCGGACGAGUCAGGAGGCGGGCGUGGCGGGUGAUCAGCCGGCGAUGGAUACGGUGAGGGAUGAGCAGGGCCGGACGCCGUUCGUGCUUGAGGAUGGGGAUGGUGCUGGGCAGAGGCAGCAGGAGAGGAGCCAGACGAGUACGGAGCCGACGACGCCUGCACCGGCUAAUGGGAGACGGAGGAGAGUGGAGGAGGCGGAGGAGGAGGAGGAGAGGGACGAAGGGAAGAGGGACGAGCUGCCAAGUAUGGUGGUGGAUAGGACGUCCUCGCCUGAACCUGAGCCUGAACCACUGGUGAGAACGAGGACGAGAUCAGGAGGAGUCAAGUCGGCGACGAAGGAGAAGGAGGCCCAUCCUCGGCCAAGGAAGACCUCCCGGGCACGCUCGCCGUCGCCUACACCUCUCGCCCCCUCUGCCUCACGACGAACACGCUCGACCAACUCCAAUCUACCCGCACCUCCCGUGCCCGCCGUCAUCGUAGACGAACCACGCUCGACACGGCGGAGCAGCAACAACAAUUCGAGGCGACCACCACCACCACCAAAGGGAACAGCGGCCAACCACGACGACGCGGCACUUGCUGCGAAGCUCGCGGCGGAAGAGGAGAAGCAGCGACCAACGCGGAUGCUAAGAUCGAGGAGGAGCGAGUCGCAGGUGGAGAACAAGAAGCCGGUGUCGAUGGUGGUCGUGCCGAUACCGUCGCCCACGAAACCCCCGCCGCCACGUAAACGGAGGAGGAUCGAGUCGUCGCCUGAGGUGGAGGCAGUGGAGGCGCCGUCUCCGUCUCCGUCUCCGCCCCCGCCAGAGCCGGAACCUGAGGAGCCGCCUGAGCCUGAAGAGACGCUGGAGGACGAGGAGGACGCACCGAUGGAUGUGGAUCAGGCAGAAGCAGGGUUACCUCUAGUGAAUGGGCACUGUCAGGAGGAGGAAGAGGAAGAAGGGUCGUCGCCGGUUGGGGUGGAGAUGGAGACGCUGACGCCGGAGAACACCGACGCGACGACGCUGGUGGAUGUGCAGAACGGGUCAGCGACGACGGAGGAGCCCGAGGAGGAGGCGGAGGUGAAGGGACGGGCGGAGGAUGUGGUGGUGUUCAUGGGCGGUAAAUUUUCGCCGUACCGGGCGGUGCACGCGGAGAGUGAUAUCCGGUCUACGCUGAUGGCUGUUGUGGUUGAUGACCUGCACGACGAGGAUGCAGACGGGGAGUACGAGGAGGACGCGGACGGAGAGGUGGACCCUGAGUUUAUGUAA